UUACCUUUGUUCUCACUGCUGGAUCCCAAAAUAGACUGGCGGGUGGAGCUACCUGGAAGUAUUUUUAGCAGCUCCCUUAAAAGCUCUUACUUUGUGAACCAUUGUCGAUGAUAGAAUUGAACAACUUUCCCUUCCAACAACCUGGUGAUGAGAGUCUGUCGCUUUCAGAUUUUCAAACGGGACGUAACGUUUUAUUUUAUUCUAAAUCUAGAUCUUAGUUUUGCAAAAAAAGAAACAAUAGUAUGAAAAGUUACAAGGAACAAAACAAUUCACAAUCUUCCAGAUGGAGAUGAAAUGUGAUCUUUGGACACACCUCCACUUCUGUACUCUUUGCGUAAUCUUGCAGAGUGACCAUAUUCCAUAAAUUCCCAAGGGAAGAGAGUUUAAGGCACACAAGAGGGUGACAGCAUGAGCAGAGCUGAUGGUAUUCAUUAUUUACUAGACAACACAUGCAAAGCUGGUUAAUGGAGAAGGAAGGAAGGGAAGUAAACACAUUUCUAGGAAAGCGGACAGAUACCACUCUAUGUUCAACAGUGAGAACAAGAUACUCCAGCUGCUGGCUGUGUUAGAGGUCUGCCAUGGCUUAGCCCCUGGCCAGAUCACCUCCCGUUACUUGUUCAUCGAAAAAUCCAUGACCUGGGUCAAAGGCCGUGAGUUCUGUCAGAGCCACUUUGUGGACCUUGCAGUCUUGAACACAGAGCUGGAAUACUUUGCUCUUCUCAAUGCCACCCAUACAAACAAAGCCAGUUUUUGGCUUGGUCUGCACAGGCAUGCCAAUGGCUGGAAGUGGACCGAUGGAGAUGAGCUGAGCUACAGACGAUGGUACAACUAUAACUAUGAGGGCCAGUGUGCUAGUUUGGAGGCCAUGUUGGAGAAAAACAACAAGCUACUGGCUCGUCUCUGUGAUGAGGAGCACAUGAUUGUAUGUCAGGGGCCUGUUUCCCCUCAGUCACUAGCUGUGGACUCUGUCAGCAUUGAUCAUGUGAAUCUAAGCUGGAAUGUUUCUGCAUUCAUGCAGACGACUUCUCAUUAUUACAGCGUAAUGAUAUGCAGCUUCAUUUGCGAGAUGCUCUUCUAUCCCUACAACAAUGAUUCCCACUUUAUGAGCAUCAAGAUCUCCAACUUAACUGCAGCCACAGAGUACUCAAUAAAUGUCUCUGCUGUUGUUGUUCGUCUUGACAGUGUCACCGGCAAGAACUUAAUUCUUCAAGAUCAUCCCGCAACUUUAAAAGUUAAAACAGCAACACCUAACAACGAUCAGAAAAUUGUUUACAAAAUAUUUAACUUUCUCAAACUGAUGAUUCUGGUGCCUCUCCUUUGGUUUAUAUAUACUUUUCUAAAAAUAGAAAAAUGCACAGAGAAGCUCAAAGACAGAUCAUCUGAGGAGCCAUUAGUUCAAGAAGCUGUUGUUGAACUGUUACCUCAGAAAAGUGGAUUAGAAAAAUAGGAAAAGAUGUAGCAACUGUGAAACAACUUUUUAAAUUGCCACUAAGAGGAUCUUAAGCUUUUUUUAACUGAAGAUGUAAAAAUGUUCAAGAUAAGUUAAUUAAGCUAAAUUAUUGCAAUACUAUGACUGAUUUAUUUAUCCAUAUUAACAGUGGUGGGCAGUCAGGACAUUCAAGGCCUUCGUUGCUUGCCUAAAAUCAAUCAGAAACACUAUCCUAAAUUCAAUUAUUCAAAAUGUAUAUCUAACUGUAUUAAUUAACUCAAAAACAAUCCAUUCUCUUUAUUUUGUAGCGUUUCUCUUGGCUGCACUGCUUCCAUUGGAUUUAUUUGGUUGCUAUAUUUUUUGUCCAAUCAGAUUGCAGCCUUAGUGCAUUGCUUGUCAAUCAAAUCUUCCCGGGGCCUUCAGAAUAAGCAGUGCUAGCUGAUUCUUCCUUAACAAUUUUGGUGAGGAACGUUUCUUCAACCAAUUAGAUUUCAGAUUUGCCCCACUGGGCCAGCUAGAGGGCCCAGCCUAACCAUUUUUAACCAUUGUCACAAUUUUCUGUCCUCUGAUUGGUCAGUUAGAGCAAAAUGUUUACAGCCAAGUUUAGCUAGUGACAAUCUGCAAUUUAGAUUUGCUUUUGCUAAAAGCUUUCCUGGCUUCAAUGGCUGAUACUGAAUGGAGAUACUAAGACUUCCCGCACAAAGACAAAAGGAUGAAUUUUGUUUAUAAAUAGUCUGCAUCACUGGUGAGUGUGAUAUACAUUAUUUUCAUACUUUAUGCUCUGUUUGAUCUGGUAUUUAGAUGCAUUUUGAAUCCAAACUGCUCCUGGUGCUGUAAAUGUGGUGGAGCUGUGUUUAUAGAGUAGUGGAUUGCCGUUGUCUUAAAUGGGCUUCUUGCUUAAUUGAUCUCUGUAUUCGCCCACAUGCAAAUCUUCGUCGUUUAUACCUGCACUUGUUACAUUUCAUAUUCAAAUACCAUUAGUGGUUUUCUUUAUUAAAAUGGGAAAGUAACCACCCUUAUGCAACACACCCUGUGUAUAGCAAGAUAGCAUGUGCAUUUCCUCAGUGGCAAUUAUUACAAAUUCAGUAAACAGGUACCUUUAGGUCUUGUUUCU